UCUUAUCAAACACAAAGGAUCAACACCAAUUGUUCACCUCGAAGCUUGACAAAACACGCUCCACACCAAACGACACCAAUCACCAAUCACUAGUAUCCAUUCUACAUCUACCAUGAAGGCCUUCACUAUCCUCACCCUCGCAACCGGGGCCCUCGUCCUCGCGGUCCCAUUCCAAAAAACCCCAAACAACGGCGUCUCGAAGCGCCAAUAUGGUUCCUAUGGAGACUACGACGGCUAUGGGUCAUACGGCGCCUACGAUGGCGCCGGUGCUGAUGCUGGUGGGAAAACUGGAGCCUCGGGGUACGGCUCAUACGGCGACUAUGCCGGUGUCAGUGGCAAACCUGCCUCGUACGGCGAUUACGCCGGCGCUGGUGGAGCUGCAAAGCCGGCUGACUAUGGCGACUACAAGGCACCUGCCGGUGGAUACGGGAGCUAUGGCGCGUAUAAGCGCGCUGUGGAGUUCGUGAAGAGUUGGUUCCAUUGAGAGACUUCCUAGUUAGACAUGAGGGAGGCUGCAAGGAGAAAGAGGCUAGGAGCUGUGAGGGUGAGACAAGUGGUCGGCUGGAAAUUCGUGCGCUGGCUGAGAAAGGAACCAGACAGUGAGCUAUUUGAAGGAAGAAGGC